UGUCCCUUGGACACAGCAGAUCACCGAUCCACGGAAGGAGCCGAAGAUGGGACAGGUACACUGAUCAUCAGGGCACUGAUGAUCAGUGUGCCCUGAUGAUCAGUGUGGCCCCAGAAGUGCCACCUGUCAGUGUCCAUCAGUGCCAGCUGUCAGUGCUGAACAGUGCCACCUGCCAGUGCCCAUCAGUGCCACAUCAAUGCCACAUAUCAGUGCCCAUCUGAGCUGCCUUUCAGUGUCACCCAUCAGUGGCAGUCAGUGCCCCCUAUCAAUGCCAAUCAGUGCUGCCAAUCAGUGCCACCUAUCAGUGCCAGUUAGUGCCACCUAUCAGUGCACGUCAGUGCCACCUAUCAGUGCCAGUCAGUGCCGCCUAUCA